GUGAAGGAGCCUGUGAUGUGCGCAAGAGGAGCGGCUGUAUCUUGGCAUCCUGAUAAAGUUCUGAAAAUACAAAAGAACCAUGGAGAGGGGAAACAUCUCCUGAGACUCACACACAGAAGCUGCUCUGUGGGAAUAGACUCACGGCCGAACAAACAACGCGUUUUGACUUCAUAUCUUGCUUUACGCGCAAAACUGGAGAGACUGAGGUAACCUCUGUGCUUUCUCUUGUUCGAUUGACUGCAAACGCUGCCAUCGCCGGGAAACAUUAGUAUCAUUUUAUUAGUAAAUCUCUACAAAUAUUGCACAGUACAUUUAUUUAGCUUUAUCAAAACCUCUCCGUGGUCGCUGUUCAGAUGAGACUCCUAAUUAUACAAGCGUCUCCAAACGAGGACGCACGGAGAACGAACAGGGAUUAUUUUCUCUCGCCUGGUCUCCUGUAUUCAGUGUCGCUUCGUUUUAAAUGACACAAAAUUACAGCCUUAAAAUAAUACUAUCUUAAAAACCGUAAAAGAAAAAAAAGCAUUAAACUUCGUGAGCUAUAGGCUAGAAGUUUUAGUUUUCGGGCUUUGUUUAUACUUUGGAAAGGUUGGUUCACAGCAGUCAGCGUUUCGAAAAGUACCUCUGUUCUUUGGUGGUUAAACACUGCUCUACAUAGUGGCAGAUCUCUUAUUAAUUGAAAGCAGUGGUCCGUGUCUUGACGCAUUGCCCAGGACUGUUUUGUAUGCUUAAAAUGGACUUUGCUGAGCUACCGUGGAGGAUGCAAGGGAGCUAUCGUUCGGACACUGAUCAGGGACCAAACGAAAGAAACUGAGGACUAUUUGAAAGCUAAUCCCAGCAUGGCCUUGGUUCCGGAGAACGGCUGCUCGCUGGAGUUGAGCGGCUGGAACAGCAGCACGAGCAGUGCCGGUGCCUCCGUGCCCUGCAACCAGAGCAUCCUGAAGCUCGCCCCUUACUCCCCUGAAGCCACAGCGGUAUUCGCCACAGCCAUCACCCUAAUGGUCGUCUUCACUAUCGUGGGGAACAUCAUGGUCAUCAUCGCGGUGCUGACAAGCCGAUCCCUCCGAGGACCCCAGAAUCUGUUCUUAGUGUCACUGGCUGCUGCAGACAUUUUAGUGGCUACACUUAUCAUUCCAUUUUCUCUGGCCAAUGAACUGCUUGGCUACUGGUACUUCAAGUCUCUGUGGUGUGAGAUCUACCUGGCACUGGAUGUGCUUUUCUGCACCUCCUCCAUUGUGCACCUAUGUGCCAUCUCCCUGGACCGCUACCUGUCCAUCUCCAGGGUCACAUACGGGCGCCAGCGCACUCCCAAGCGCAUCAAAGCUGCUAUUGUGGUGGUGUGGCUCAUCUCUGCCAUAAUCUCCUUCCCUCCCUUGCUCUCACUGAACAAACGUGAGGCAGGGGAGGAGGGGACUGAGAGAGGACCCCAGUGCCAGCUGAAUGAUGAGCGCUGGUACAUCCUUUACUCCACCAUUGGCUCCUUCUUUGCUCCAUGCCUCAUCAUGAUCCUGGUCUACAUAAGAAUCUACCAAAUUGCCAAACAGAGAACACGUUGCCCCCCAGGAGAGCCCAGGAAGGAUGGGGUCGGCUGUGCAACACCAAGUCAGACUCCACGACAUGUCCAGGCCAAUGGGAAGGAUGAUGAGGAAAGCACACCGCCGUCAUCCAACAAAACCUCUCGUGCCAGACCCCCCACCCUCGCCAUCACCCCGUCCCCUUCCUCAGGAGACACUCAAACCUCCCCCAAUCCCACUUCCAAUAAUCUCCUGCAACCUCCAUCACCUUCUCUAGCCAUGACCCCUGUCACAACCUCCCUUGAGACCUCUCCUCGUGGCCCCUUAACUCCCAGCUCUGUGCCCCUGUCUGCCCCUGCCAACACUAAAGAGAAGGGGAAGAAGGGCAAGAAGCAGGGUGGGAAAAAAGCUGACAAUAACAAUGGUGACAGCUCAAGCACAGAGAGCGACAUGGAGCACAGCCAUGGAGGAGGCCGAGGCAGCGCCAGCAUGCCAGGGUCCCCUGCAGGAGGGGGGUUCCACUCCCCGGCCACAGUCAAGCGCUACCAGGAUAUGAUGGCAACUUCAAAGGGGGCUCGGCUGGUGCCGCGGAGGAAGUCAAAGACAGAGAACAACCCUGGAGCAGCGAGGCGCAAAGCCAUGGUCAACAGAGAGAAACGCUUCACCUUUGUUUUGGCGGUGGUCAUAGGUGUCUUUGUGGUGUGCUGGUUCCCCUUCUUCUUCUCCUACUCACUGCAGGCAGUGUGCCCAGAGACAUGUGCCAUCCCUGAUCCACUCUUCACAUUUUUCUUCUGGAUCGGUUACUGCAACUCCUCACUUAAUCCAGUUAUAUAUACCAUCUUCAACAAAGACUUCAGAAAGGCCUUCAAAAAGAUAUUGUGCAGUACCACCAAGGGUACAUUCUUUUAGCAUACAAAUGUACAGCUGUAAAGGACCUACACACAAAAAAUGUUACUUCUGAGGCAUCACAAAUCAAUCAUUUUAAUUUUUUCAGAACACUCAAAGGGCUGUUUAAAAAAAACUAUGUGUGGAAAUCCCAGCGUAGGAAUCAGAACUGAGAGCCACACUUUUACAGCCACAGUGUGUGCAAACAGGCAACUUGGACUGUGAAAUCCCAGCUUGAAGCAGACAUGCACAGAUAUUUCAUGGUGUGAGCUGAACACAGGACAGGAAACCGAGGCAGCACUAGAUACUUAACUGCUUCGCACUUCAGUAUUGUUGAUAAGAUUUUGAUUAAAACGUUUAAUCUCCAGAUCACAUUGAAUAAUGGAGUACACUGGGACACAGGGUGGUGCAGAAUAAGAAAUGUACACACUCUCUAUAAAACUGUCAGAGGGAAGCAUGAAACCCGUUGAGAAUGAACUCCUGAAUGAGAAUAUAGACAGUUUAAUGUGUAAUAUAUAUGGUUUUGUCGUUAUUAAAUACUCCAGGUCUAAUGGAGCAAGAAAACAAAUAUAAAGAAGGAAAAGUGACCUUUGAGGCUAUGAGCCUCAGGCCAUUUAUUUAUCAAUACUGAGCACAAGGAGCACACAAGGUUAGUGGUGAUUUCUUACGUCUGUAGUCUUAAUUUGUCCAGCUGCAAGGCAAACAUGUGUUUUCUCGAUUUUUAUCUAAAGGCGCAAGAAGAGAAGGUUUCUGACGACUUCAGAUGUGAUAGCACAGACAAUGACUCCCUUUCAAACUGAUCUUGUGGGUUUUCAUGAGGAAAGCCUGCACAUCAGACACCUAGCUCUUUGCUUGGUGUGGGUCCUGAUGGACACUCAGGUUGUUAGUAAUGACACUCUUGGCUUUCCCCUCUCAUGACCUGCAGAACAAAAUAAAGUGUAGGGGAUUUUUCAAGAAAAACAUGUGUAAGUUAUUGAGAUGUAAAGUAGGGCAGUUUGACCCUCCCCUUCACUUGUUGUUUCCUGCUUUUGAACUUGACCUGGGCUAUCACAACAAUGGACUGGAUAAAGCAAUUCUUCUAAUGAACACAGUUUUUGGAUUUAUGAGAUACAAUCAAACCGCUUUUAGCUUUUAAAAGUGCUUCAGACAUUUUUCAAAGUAUCUAAUGGGAGGUGCCUCUGGUGAAGAAUUAGAUUCCUAUUAAUGAUCAUUAUUUUCAGAAAACCUGAUUAAGCAGGGAGAGAUUUACAUUCACUGUAAAGGACAUAAAGUGUUAUUAUGUAUGUGUAAUGUAACCACUAAUCACGCCUACAUGGUUUAUUCUGAGAACCAUAUGGCUGAGCCACUCUUUACAAACGCCUCUGGCACAUCAGCUGCAGUGGACCUCUACAUGGCACAUUUGGGUUAUAGCUGAGAGGCAAGAGCAUGAAUGGGCCAUUUAUUUUUUUCUCACCAUGAGACUUAAGCUCUGUCAGCUUUCAUGAUUUAAAAAAAGAAAAGAAAAAUGUAUCUGUGACUGUGAAUAACACACAGGCUUAUUGACUCAAUGGGACAAGGGCUGUCAGCAGCAACACUUCAAUUUACUGAUUGUCUAAUACUGCUGACCUGUAUGAAUUUGUGGUUGUGUGUGUGUGUGUGUGUGUGUGUGCAUGCGCGCGUGAUCAUGUUUUUGUUUUUUUUCUGUAGAGAGUGGCUGCCUCUUCUGGCUGCUGCAGGUCUACUGUAAUAUUAGUAAAAAUAGAGACCAGAUGUCCUGGUGCCGCCAUCACUUUGUGAAUGUUUCUACUUGACUUGAUUGACAGAUCAGUAGUACUUAGCCAUGUUGAGAAAGUCUUAUCGAACUGAGAGUCAGUGUUUAUCAGUGAUAUUGAGUACAUGGCUUUUAGUGAUCACUCCCAAGGGACCAAAGAGCCUUAUAGGUCACCAGCCUGACUAUGUGAUAUCCGGCUCUGUGUUGCUUUAAUAAAGUAUUUCUUUAUAAUAUGUUUAUGUGAAGGGGCACAAAGAUUUAAGAAACUGUAUAAUUUAUUUCAAACUAUUUUGUGUUUUCUGUCUGUUACCUAUUUAUUGUUCCAUUACUGUGCUUUUAUUCUGAAAGUCAAGUGAAGCUGCUAUCAAAAAGCAAGAACACUGUACAGAUGUUAAAUAUCACAAAUAAGGACUUGCCUUUCUGCUCUUACUUUGUGGGGAUUGAGCUAUAUUUCAGUUUGGGGUGUAUGUAUUUGUGUUGAAUUGAAGGAAGUUGAACUUCGAGUUAUGUGCAUAAUGCAGAAUCUACAAUGCAAUGUUUGUCAUUGUUUCAUGUAGUGAUAGUAAAAGGUUCAAGCAAAGAUACAAGCAAACUCAUGAAUGUACAAUUAAUCAUGCAUACUGCAGCAGGAAAAUCUCUUUUAAAAGUAUUCAUUAAAAAGUGAUUGAAAAUGAAAAUAUCAAUAGCACCCUUAGACAUUUUCCACUUGAUGAUUUGCAAACUUUGUGCCGGACAUUAAUGCUAAAAUCCAUACCACACCGCUGCUUUGAGAUCCAAAUAUCUAAUAAAACAAAAUGGUGGCGAGUGAGAGCUCCGUGCACUUAUACAACUGUUCCCUGCCUUCAUCUGAAACGCUUAGUUUCUCUCCAGAAAUACGACAACUAUAGCAACCCUUUUGUAAUAAAAAUAGGCACAGAAGCCAUGAAUUCAUGGUCGUUUCCAAUAAAUAUGAGUUUCAAUGCUGCUCAGACUUCCAACCAUGGCUUUAUGUGGUGAAACUUCUGCUUUGUUUAACUUACAAAAGUAUGAAUUAUUGCUUAAAGGUGACAGAUGCAGUCAUCUCCAUCAUGAUCACCAUCUUUCCCCUGAAACCGCCUGUAUUGUCUCUUAUUGUGUUUGGAUCAAAUAACAUGGUCUGAGCUUUACAAUCCUCUAUCCCCCAUCUGUCAUCAUCCCUCUCCAGUUUGGA